AGCUGUCGUGCAGCAGCCAAAAUUACUAGCAUACGCGGCGCGUCUGAUCUGACUGCAGCCUUUUCCCUGAAACUCACAUGGCUAAUGAAUCCCCACAGGGUGUUCUUGUGUCCUCAUUGGUCGGUGGGUGAUUAUCAGGAUUGGCUGUAAGUAGCUUUCGCCGAAAGGUUCACAUUACAGGUGAAGUAACAAACGGAGAUGUGAGCUGGAGCGGUCACACCUCCACCUCUUCUUCAUGUUGAAGCGUGUCUGAGACUUCAGCAGACAUGGUGGAGGUCUUUACCGGGCGGACUCUGCUGAAUAAAGACGGGGAGUUCGUGGAUCCUGAAGAAGCGUUGAGGAAUAAAGUGGUUGGGAUUUACUUUUCUGCGGGUUGGUGUCCGCCUUGUCGAGACUUCACACCCAUCCUGUGUGAUUUCUACACGGAGCUAGUUGAAGAAAAUGAACCUCCUGCUCAGUUUGAAAUAGUUUUUAUUUCCUCUGACAAGUCGGCGGAUGACAUGGUUGAAUAUUAUCAUGAUAUGCAUGGAGACUGGCUGGCACUGCCUUGGACUGAUGAUUACAAAAAUGAGUUGAAACAGCGCUACAAGAUCACAGCAGUGCCCAAACUGGUGAUCGUAAAGGAGAACGGAGACGUGAUCACAGAGAAGGGCCGGAAACAGAUCAGAGACCGAGGCCUGGCUUGCUUCAGGUCCUGGCUUGACGCUGCAGAGAUCUUUCAGAACUUUAAGGGAUAGAAAGCCAAAUAAGAGAAGGCGAAAAAAUCUGCCCAUCUUUUCAUGAAUGCAACUGCUGCAGCCGCAUUAGAGAGCUGGACAACACCAAAAUAUUUCUGCUUUCAUUUUUCAGUUAGUGGUUCUCAACUGUUGGAGUAACUCACCCAAGAUGAUUUAAAGUGUUACAAAGAGCAAAUUAUUUUGGUUCCUGAAUUAGUCUUUUUUUCCUGGUUUAAUCCAGGAUGUUUUUUCUUCAGUCUGACAAUCAUACUUUUGUCAAAUUGCUCAUGUUAUGCUUUGAUGAUGGGAUUAUUUCCAAGCCAAAUGGGUCUUGAAACACUUAUUUACUAGUUGCUGACUUUUAGCAAACUGCUAUGCAUUUAAGGCAAUCCUCAGGCAUGUGAUUCACAUGUGAGAAAUGCGCUACUUUAGAAAAAUUGUACUGGUUUCAUUGCACAUUUGAAAAUAUAUUUGGUGGUUUAUGAAGCUAAUGUGUUAAACAGCUUAAAGGUAAGGGUCUGUUUUUUUGAAGUAGGGUUGUAUAAGGUACUUAUGAAUAGUAAGCAUAUAGAUAAAUGCUUGUCAGCCUGGCCCCUUUAUUGAGAAAGCAUGCUGAGUACCUGGAUGUAUGCAGAUGGG